CACUUCAGCUUAUCUGAAAUUAAAAAACAAUAAUUAUAUCGCAAUGCUUAUCGAUACAUGCAUUUAUUUCCAUCGCUAAACUCCAAAGUUUAGACAUAAUUGUGUGAAGCCCACUGAUGGUUCAGCAACACUCUUCUGCUUAAAUAUUCUGAAAAAUCAACUUCUGAAAACCAUGUGCACAACAUCGUGCGACAUCUUUAAAAAAAUGCUGGAAGACACCGACUUUGCUGACUGCGUAAUAAUUGUGGAUUCCGAAGAAUUCAAAUGCCACAAGAUGAUUCUAUCAUGUAACUCGGAGUUCUUUAAGCGUAUGUUUUUGAGCGAUUUCAAAGAGUCAUCUGGAAGGAUUGAACUGCAGGAUGUGACACCAAAAAUAUUUACUAUUUUUCGUAAUCUCAUAUAUACACAUAAUUCGGAAAUUCUUGAUGAAUUGGAUUUUGAAGAUGUGGUUGAUUUGUUUAAGUGCGCUCAUAUGUAUCAGGCACUAUGCGUACUAAAGAAAUGUGAAGAUAAACUAUGUUUCAGUAUGGUAAACGAGCAUAAUUACUUGGCAGUUUUUGAAUUGGCCCAUAAGUAUGCGAAUAUCUGCCUUAUCAGCGAAACUUUCACUGUUAGAUAUAAUUAUUCGACGUUCGCACACAUUGAGGUUCCCAAGCAAGUUCUUCAAUUUGAUUUAGAAAUUUUUAAACAAUGGAUUUCCAAGCUUACAAUUAAUGUCACAUUAAGUUCCCGUUAUCGAUUGAUUUAUGAAUAUAUGAGCUAUCAAAUAAAAAAAAUACCAAAAGAUGAGAGGAAUGUAGAAGAGAUUAACAAUAAUUUUGAUGAUGUCCUUAAAGUUGCCGGCUUUAAAAAAUAUCCUAUGGGAGAAAUUGAUCAGAUGCUUGAAGAAAAAAGAUUUUAUACCGAUGAGCAAUGUAUAAUCAUGUAUAAUCUAAUUGAAAUGCAAAAAGAAAUCGCUAAUCUAUAAUGAUGU